AUGGCCGCCUUCGUGCGAGUGUCGGGCCCGCCGAACGGUCACUUUCUGAUCGGGUAUCCGGGUAUUUCUGCGACCAUGCCACGGAUUGAAGGCAAGGUGGAAAUCCGCCCGAGCGUUGGCAUUACGGCGCCCGUCAACGUCUCGCUGGUUACGAUCGCGCUGCACCGUCGCGAAACGAUCCACCCGUCGGCAGACUCCAUGGCCAAGAAGCGUCUGGCGCCGCCUCGGAAGGAAAUCAAUGAUAUUGUGGGGAAGGAGAUGCUGCUGUUCCGCUGCCCGGCGGGCCGCGAGUACGAGGAGGUGAUAUUGAUGGAUUUGCCCUUUGUGCUCUUCAUCCCCUUUGGACGGAGCGGGACCGACGCGUCGAGGAGAGUGCCUCCUGCUAGCCUUCAGCUGCCCAGUCGCACGGCGGAGACGUACUACGAGAUGGUGGUUACCGUGCAGCAAGGCCAGUCGGAGCAAAACAAAUACCACUUCCCCGUCCCCAUCUCACGCUACGACACCCUGUCGACGUUUGGGAUGUACAGUCGUCCAGAGACGGCGGAGAGAGUAUCGGACCAUCUGGUGACCUUGGGCAUCUCUCUGCCGCGAUGGUCGUAUGGUCCGCUCGACCCAGUAAGCGUCUGGGUCAAGCUGGCCCCGAACCCGGACUGGAUGAACAAGGCCCGCAAGGUUACAAUCAACAAAAUCACCAUCGGCAUUGAUGAGGAGGUCGUGUAUAAUCACGAGGGAGACGAGCCUCAGCGCAAAAUCAAAACGUUAAUCAAACGCACAGAGGCUGUAGGUGUGAAACUGCCAGAUGCAGGCUACAUGACCGAGAUGGGCCUCGUUUUCCCGGCCAAGGACCUACGGGACGCCGAGGGUAUCCUUCCUCGGGGCAAGCCUGCUUUUCCCACGUAUGCAGUGAGCGGUUUCACCACGACAGCCAGCCUCUACAAGAUCGAGUACUAUCUGACAGUCAAGGCCCAUUUAACGUCCGCACGAGAUAUUCAAAUCCGCCAACCGAUAGUCGUUUGCCCGUUUGACCAUACCGACUGUAAAGAGGAGAUGGAAGCCAUCGAGCAGUCCGCUCGCGAUGCUGUCCAUAUCAAUCCGGACAAUCCUAUGCUACCGCUUCCCUCGAUAGUGCGUGCCGGCGAUCGACACGCCCUGCGUCAUCUGGGGGUGGCAAUUGUUGGUCACCAAAAGAAGCCGCUGAUCAACUGA